AAAGUGUGCAUAGUCGGGUCUGGAAACUGGGGCUCUGCUAUUGCCAGGAUUAUCGGAGAUAAUGCCAGAACAUUGCAGCAUAUUGCUACCACUGUGAAGAUGUGGGUGUUUGAAGAAAAUAUUAAUGGCAGGAAGCUUAGCGACAUCAUCAACACUGAGCAUGAAAACGUUAAGUACCUUCCUGGAUACAAACUACCAGAGAAUGUGGUGGCUGUACCAAAGCUCUCUGAUGCUGCUAUGGGAGCUGACCUGCUGGUGUUUGUCGUCCCUCAUCAGUUCAUUAGGAAACUCUGUGAUGAAAUGGUGGGCUGUGUCUCUGCCAGAGCUCGAGGAAUCACGCUUAUAAAGGGUAUACACGAGGGUCCAGAGGGCCUGAGGCUGAUCUCUGACGUCAUCCGUGAGAAGAUGGAGAUUGAUGUCAGUGUCCUGAUGGGAGCGAACAUCGCCAACGAAGUAGCAGCUGAGAAGUUCUGUGAAACCACCAUCGAGACGGACACCAGUCUGAGUGUCUGUGAGCUGCUAACUAAAAGUAGUCUAAGCAAGAAUCUGAGUGUUCUGAACAUCGUUGCAGUGAGUGCAGGUUUUUGUGAUGGCCUGCAGUGUGGAGACAACACCAAGGCAGCCGUGAUCCGUCUGGGCUUGAUGGAGAUGAUAACCUUCGCCCGACUCUUCUCUAAGAAUGGCGUGGUUUCCACAUCGACCUUUCUGGAGAGCUGCGGUGUGGCCGACCUCAUCGCUACGUGCUAUGGCGGCCGCAAUCGACGAGCAGCAGAGGCCUUCGUUAGAACAGGGAAGAGUAUUGAAGUGCUGGAGAAGGAGAUUUUUAAUGGUCAGAAGCUCCAGGGUCCUGCCACCUCAGCUGAGGUUUACCGCAUCCUCCAACAGAAGUGCCUGGUGAACAGGUUCCCUUUGUUCACAGCAGUUUAUCAGAUUUGUUUUGAGAAGAGGCCAGUCCAAGAAAUGAUUUCCUGCCUGCGAAGCCAGCCAGAAGACAUGUGAUCGACUGGUGGGUCUCAGGAAGCUGUUAUUUUUCCACUGAUCAUUUUCAUUCUAAGGUGAAGUUUGCAUUAGGUUCUUAUUCUGUCAGAAACAAUCCCCGACAGCUUUAAAUAGAACACCCAUAAAAUAAAAAGUCAUUAUCAUUUAAAUUUGUACAAACCUCCAAAAAAAGUUCUUCCAGGCUUCCAACAGUAUAGGAUGGAAAAUAAAUGCCAGUGUUAAAACACAACAGAGACUGACUGUCUCUCCCACUCAGUGUUUACCCCUUUAACCACUGUCACAUAUGAAACGAGGUAUAAUCUGAGCUUCUAAAACAAGAGGCAGACUGUUUUGUCUAACCAUGGAACGAAUCACCUAAUGACAUCUAUAUAAGUGAAAUUGUGUUUUAAUAUGGGUCUUUUGUGGCAGCUAUAUUUGUUUUUGUUACCUACACGACCAACUUCACAUUUUUCCAGGCAGGUUGAUUCCCAAGCUGCCCACGGUGCUCCUUAGACGUAAAACACAAGAACCAGAUCAGCUCUGGGUAGAGUUUGUGUUUGUGUGUGACAGGAAGAGGCUGGGAAACACAUGAACAGAUAAUGAGCCCUCUCUUGUGGUAAAAAACAAACAAACUGUAAACCACUGAUUGCUUGUGUAUCUUGAGCUGUGAUACUUCAGUGUGCUGAUGUUGUCAGAAUUCUGCUGUUAAUUUGUUGGAAUAAAUGCGACUGAUUUCUGCAUGUUUUAUCUAAAAGUUUUCAUUGUUAAUCUUGAAUCAUGUCAUGAGAUGGAUAAUAGGUUACAGGAGCCAUUACAGACUUUUAAAGGCUGCAUUCUGCGUUUUUUGAAAGAUUGUCAUUAACAUUUCUCUAAGUUUGUGACAAAUAUUUAUGAGAACCUUUGCAUUGCAGUAUGUUUCUGUUUCUAUCAGUGAUUUAUCAGAUUUGUCACAUAUCAAUAAGCAGUUGUGUGCUCAUUAAAAUUGCUACCUUGCCUGUCAGUGGCCACCAGCAUGGUCACUUUGACACACUACAUCCAUCACACAGCAGAGGGCGAUGCGCUUCAGUCAAGGAGAAAAUGUCUGUGCAUUUCAAUGGCUUUCCAACUUCACUUUGCUUGUGUUCGUUCAGGUAAACGUAAUGAAUGGAAGUGAAACAAAUAAUUAAUUAUGCUCGAUCACAUCUAGCACUAGCAAACCUUCACCUCUUAAAUUUAUUUUGCAUUAACAGACUAAACUUAAAGUAUGUUAAGAAUGUUGACAAAACCAGCGUCGACUGUCAGGUAAACUGUCCACGACACCUUUAGAGUUGCAGCAGGAAGCUACCCACUGAGGAAACAUUACAGUUACGUUUUUGUCGCUAUUCUGAAAUAAAAUAUUAGAAACUACA